UCCGCCAGAUUGGGCGUUCACGCCGCGCAUCUCCUGGCCGUUGCCUCUUUCGUCUUUUGUCUCCAUCACGCUCGACGCUAUCUCGACCAAUCAGACCUCUGUGUUUCUGACUACAACGCCUUUGGGCAACGCCAUUCCUUUAUCGAUUGCCUCGAUGGGUGUUGCGCUUCUCUGAUUGGCUGGGAGGCGCCGCCGCCACCGCCGCCUCCUCCUCAUCCUCCUCCCCCUCCCUCUCUCCCUCCCCUCCUCCACCUCAAUCGUCUCCUUCACCGCCACCACCUACUCUCUUUUUCAUCCUCGCCCUGCUCCCUUAGUGUCGUCUUGCCACCGCCAUUGAUUUUGACACUGGGCCGUGCCUGCUCACUUUCGCGAGUCUCCUCGUACUCAUGA